UGCAUUUUAUAUCGUCUGUUGCAUUGUAAUUUCUGUGAAUUUCAUUUGCAUAUCAUUCAGUUUACUAGACUAACCCAUAUUACUAGGGACGACAGUAGUUGCUCUCGUCAUCGAACUAAUAUUGACUUUGUUUUGAAGUAUGUAGCCUCAAUUUGAGGAGAAUUGCUGAGUUAAAUCUUCGCUCGCUUUGUUUUAUCCCUAAGUUGAAACCCCCAAGUUGAAGCGUUUUUUUCUUUAUUGUUGAUUUCCUGGUCAUAUGGGUGACUUUCUUAUUCGUUAAAUUUCUUUCGAUUGCCAUAUUAAAAAAGUCAUAACAAUGAAUCAGUUAAUGAGGACGGUAAUCGAUGUACUUCAGGAGCUUCGUAUAGAUUUACAAGAUUUUGCGUGGCUCAUUGCUCAGCAACUUAGAAUUGAUUCUGUGUUGGUAAAUGCCUCAGACCAAGUACUUUACAUAUUUCAUAAGGGAGAUGCUGGAAAUCAGAGGAGCUUAAUACGAAAAUUAGCUUGCAGGAUUCCCAUCAAACCGUCUCCUCGCAUACACUUUACAAUUGUGAACUCAGAAUAUUCAUCUAGUUUAGAAUGGGAUGCACAAUCCACAGUUGAUGAAGGCUUAGCAGCCAUUCCAACUUUAGACAACAAUGGCAAAAUUGACUUUUGGAAUAAAAAAAUGAAACCCAAAGCAUCAUCAUCCAUUGCUGAUUCGGAAAUCAUUCCAUAUGAAGACGAUGUUCCUUCUGUUCGAUCAGCAUCUCCACCAAGUGUAUGUGCCGAUUCAUUGUACAGCUCUCAAAGCACAAUUGACACAGUGGCCAUGACCAAAAUUUCGGCUCUGGAGGAUGAACUAUCUCGUUUGAGAGAACAGAUUGCGAAAAUAGUUAACGUUGCGACAAAUAAUAAACCAGGAACGUCAGACUAUGGAAGCAUGCCUGCUACUCCCAUUCCACCGCCUCCGCCUUUCAUGCCGCCUCCACCUCCACCACCGCCUGCCACCAUGCUCUUUGGACCACCUCCUCCACCACCUCCAAUGUCUACUGGACUUCUUCCUCCUCCACCUCCUCCUCUACCCAUUAACGGAACUGCCAACGAAACACCUAACAGAAAACUAUCUUUGGCUGAAUCAUUGCAAAAUAAGAGCUUAAAAGCCACAGAUCAAGUAGACCGAAAGUCACGAGCCAUGUCAGUACCCUCCAUGACAGAUGUUUUAAAAGACAUGGGCAAAGUUAAAUUGAAGAAAGUGGACAGGUACGACUCAAAGUCGGUGAAUGCAACUCCUGUAAAAGGAAGGAACAGGCCAGAUAAAGACGACAUUGACCCUUCAACGAUGAUAGCUCUUGCAUUGCGGAAACGUUUUGCACAAAUGAAUCAAAUAAGUGAUUCCCCAGAACGCGAAAGUCGUGAAGAUCGUGAAGAUUCCUUCUCGGAGUCUACUGAAUAUCUAUUUAAUUCGCCCGUUGCACCGAAGCCAACGAAUUCGAAACCUAAACCUGCUCCACCCAGUCCGAGAAAGCUCUUUGUCUAUACUCGUCCGGAAGCAGUUUGUGCCGACAAAGAAAACGGAACUAUUCAGCAGCCUUUUGGCCAGCAUCUGCUUAGAAAAACUGGACAGAGGAGUUGAUGACUGCGAUUGGGCGAAUCUCUAUUAGUGUAUCCGAAUCUUUGCGUUUAUUUCAACCAAGUUAUAAUUUCGAAAACUAAAUAUGCCUCUUUUCUAAAAGAACUUUCUGAUGCUUUUUUGGAUCUGGGGGUAAUAAUGAGUAUCCAGUUGAUUUACAUCUUGGGACAGCAGCUGGGGUCUAGUCUGUCUGGAGUGCGGUCAUUCGCUUUUGUCUGUCAUCAUCUUCCUAUAAAGGGUAUAACGUUUAAAAUCUUUUCUUUCUUUUUUCACAGUGUGGACUCGUGUUAAAAAAAAAUAAAAAAUUGACCAAUAUUUGACUAUUUGGCCUGGAAUAUGUUAAGAUGUUGGUGGAUAUCCUGUUUGUUUUGAGCCAAUUUGUAAUGUCUGAGUUUUUAGACAACUGUACUAAGAAAAAACACCUCCCAUUUUUCACUUUUAUGCUUACUGAUUAUUCCUACUGUGUAAUUACCAAGAUGAAAACUUAUAUUGCCGAUUGAAAAGUA